AUGACGGGACGAGAAAGAACUCCUACUCCAAUUGAUGCUACUACUAAUCUAGCUCAAGCUUUAAGACAAAUAGGACAAAUCUUACAAGGGCAACAGGCGCAACAGGCACAACCGAUAGAACAAGCAGUUAGACCGAGAGUGAGCAUGAAUGACUUUUUGAGCCAUCACCCUGUUAAGUUUAAUGGCAAAGUUACUCCGGAUGAGGCAGAAGACUGGAUUUGCAAGCUUGAGAAAAUAUUUUAUGCGAUCGAAUGCACAGAGGGUCAGAAGUUGGUUUUUACUACGUACAUGCUGGCAGGAGAGGCAGAAUACUGGUGGUGUGGCAUGCGGAGAGGAAUGGAUGCUAGGGGAGAGGUUGCUACUUGGGCAGAAUUCAAAAAUAUGUUUUUGGAGAGAUACUUUCCAGCUAGUGCCAAACAGGAGUGCGAGAGACAGUUUUUAGCCUUACGACAAGGAAGCAUGUCAGUACAGGAAUACAAAGAGAGAUUCGAGUAUCUGGCUCGAUUCUAUACAUAUAAUCCGACCGAAGAAUGGAAGUGUAGGAGGUUCGAGCAAGGACUUCGUCAUCAGAUAUUGAAAGCACUAGUUCAUCUAAAAAUUAAUGAUUUUUCGGAGUUAGUGGAGCAGGCUUUGGUGGCUGAGAGAUUGGACGAGUCAGUGCGUGUAAUGAGAAAUCAGAGGAGAAAUUUCUCGAGGGACAAAUAUCAAAAGAAACCAUAUGACGGGCCAGAACGAGAUAGACCGAGAAUACUAAAGUGUUUUGAGUGCGGUGGGGAUCAUCUCAGAAGAAAUUGUCCAAAGCUCGACAUUGGGAGGUCAGAUGAGAAGAAGUGUUACAAAUGCCAUAAGCCUGGACAUUUUGCGUACUCUUGUCCCGAGAAGAAAACAGUUAAAGGGACCCCAUCACAUCAAAAGUUGUCGGGUUAA